ACUGAGAAUGUUGUUGUGGGGGGGUGGGUGGGAGGGGGAGCGUCUUGUAACUCGGUAUGGAGUUCAUAUAAAAAGUUAGAAGAGAGAUGAAAAUAAAUGCAUGUUUCAGUCUAUUGAGAAGUCCUGAUAAUUUAUUUGAACGUUAUACAGUAUAACACGGAUAGGUUGAACACAGAAGACCCGAAAUCACGCUUCCAUGGAACUGUGCCUGCGGUCCUGUUGUUGUUGUUUUGGGGGGGGGGGUUUCUUUGUGGGGUAUCCCUGAAACUACCUAGGCCGGUCCUGGGGAAUUCGAGCUAUCUGUGUUAUAGUCUAUGCAACUUUAUUAUCCAUGAGCAUGAUUCUAAAUUCCUUGUAUUCAUUAUCUUUUUGUUCUUUCAACAGUUAUGCAAGGUCAUGGAAAAACGACUAAAGGACCGACCAGAUGACCUCGAGAGGUGGAAGACAACCCAUAGACCCAACUGCCACAAGAAUCAUACAGGGUCUUCAGGUUCCAUGGAAGUGGCUGCAGCUGCAGUCAUGUGGGGGAGGUCGGAGCAGUAUGGCCUCAGGUACACUACAAUGAUCUCGGAUGGAGAUUCCAAGACUUACAAUGAGCUGACCAAAAACCCACCUUAUGACGGCAUUGCUGUGACGAAAGGGGAGUGUGUCAACCAUGUUUCAAAACGCAUUGGCACUCAGCUGAGGAAUGUGGUUGCUGAUGAGCGGAAACGGGGAGUGGCUCUUGGAGGAAGGGCAUCUUUAGCUUUGACACAGGAGAAGAUUGCAAAGCUGCAAGUGUACUUUACUAGGGCCGUGAGGAGUGUUGCCGGCAGCCGGGUUGCAGGUGAAGACAUCUGUUUUACUGGGGCCUCGGAGGAGGACAUCAAAGUGAUGGCCGACGCCAUCAAGGCGUCGUAUUUCCACUGUGUCUCCACAGAUGCUUUUCCAAGACACAUGUUGUGUCCUGAGGGACCCGACUCCUGGUGCUUCUUCAACAGGGCUCAAGCCAGGGACGAACCAGUCCCUGAGCACAAGAAGCACCAGACAUGUUUUUUUAAAGGCCGGUACACGAAAGAAUGA